CUAUUGAACAACAGAAGAAGAUGAUUUGACGCAGUUGAUUCGCGAUGUCGUUGCUAAAUAUCAAAACUCUCCGAGCUUUCAACGCAGCACGGCGCACAACUCGAGGUCCUUUAUGGGCAGUUUUUCCAGCAGUGAGCCUUGGGCAGCAUCAGCACACGGACCUGGGGUCAGGGGUGAAUUAUGACAGGCUGUACCGGGGGCACAUCAGCACAAACCCACUCCAAAAGGCUCUGCUGUCUGUGGGCUCUGGGCUGGCGGCCCUGCAUGACCCCUACAGGCACGAUAUGGUGGCGGUGCUGGGGGAGACUACAGGUCACCUGACCUUGCUGAAGCUGCGGGAUCGGAUGAAGAACGAUCCGGAAGGCGACAGCAUUCUCAGAGAGCGUCCACGCAUCCGUCUGUCCACUCUGGACCUGUCCCACAUGAGGACCCUCCCAGAUGGGUCCCUCGGGAGGGAAUACCUCCGUUUCCUGGAGGACAAUCGAGUGACACCAGACUCACGGGCGGAUGUGAAGUUUGUGGACAGCGAGGAGCUAGCGUACGUCAUGCAGCGCUAUCGUGAGGUGCACGACCUCCUGCACACACUGCUGGGCAUGCCCACCAACAUGCUCGGUGAGGUUGCAGUGAAGUGGUUUGAGGCUGCUCAGACCGGCUUGCCCAUGUGCAUUCUGGGAGCUGUACUGGGACCUCUACGCCUCUCUGGCAGGCGACUGCAGCCGCUGGUGACGUCCCUGGGCCCGUGGGCACUGAGGAGUGGGAGCCGGGCACGCUGUGUCCUGAACGUUUUCUACGAGCGGCGCUGGGACCAGAGUCUGGAGUCGCUGCGGGAAGAGCUGGGCAUCGAGCCGCCACCCCCGCUGAAGCCCCCGACUCCCCAAAGGCCACCGCCACCCGACGCCUGAGUCACAGCAGUGCCACUCCAGACAAUGAUAAUGGUGAUGAUGGAUGAUUGUGGAUGAUCAUGGAUAAUUAAUGUGGCUUGAUAAUGGAUGAUGGCGGGUAAUGAAUGUUGGUUAAUGAUGGAUAAUGGAUGACGGUGGAUAAUGAAUGUUGAUGGAUAAUGGAUGAUUGUGGGUAAUGAAUGUUGAUGGAUAAUGAAUGAACCCUUGUUUGGAUCAGGAUUUCUCCUCAGAGUUUCAAAACGCUCUACUGUUAAAGGGUGGGGUGUUACAUCGGCACCGUUGUCCAGCAGGUCCAGCUCCCCCAGGCAUGAGAGACCUGUUCAGGGCUGAAUUUCUCCCUUCAUCUGCCUGUGGUGAGAUUACUCAGUUGAAGAACAAAAAAACCUUUUGAAGGAAUUCAUUACACAUGGGAUUCCCCUCACUUCAUUUCAUCCCAUCUCUUGUUACAUAAAGCACUUGUUUCGGGGGUGGGGGGAUCUGCAGAGAAUGUAAAAUCGCAUGGUAAAAUUGUAUGGUGCUGGCAGCAGACUUUUUACGGGUUCUUGGGUCAUUCAGGGAAAAAUCAUAUAUAAAUCCUCUUUUGUCUGCUUGUACAGAAAAUACAUUUGGGCGUGAAAUGAUCUUCUGCUUUAAAAAGCAAGUGUCUUCCCUGAUGAGUAUUUAUGUGCACCGUCGAAGAGCUUACUGUUAAUAAAUGCACGGAAAUGCCA